AAAGAAAUAGCUACAGACUUCAUCAUAAAAAGAGUCUCUUAAGUCCGGGAAGGUUUAUCGAGCUUUGAGGGAGAGUCACAGAUGAAAGACCCGCUUGCGUACUCGCCUUAAAAAUAGAAUGAAAUGGCUUUUCCCCGGGAACUUUCCAAUCCGACUCGGCCUCCGCUUGGUUGACACGGACCGCAAGAGCAGCAGCUUGAAAGAGUUUCCUCACUCUCUUAAUCCUCUUCAUCAUAAAUCAUAUAUCUGCGGUAAAUAUAUUCAUAUUCUUGUCUCGUUGGCUUUGAAGCGUUAUCGUCCGUUGGCAUUUUCCCUCUCGGGGGAGCCUCAAUGUCCCUCUCGGUCCGAUGAGUCGCCGCUAACUGCGCAGCGGCGGUUAGCAUGCUAAGAAGCUACCGCGCCGAAAGCUACGAGGCCCAUGUUGCCAUUUCAGGAUAAAAUUGACGGAAGAUGGCUAAUGUGCUAACCGCGAGCGAGCUAACCGGCUCCAGACCGACAACCCGGAUUCCUCAUCGGACGACCGCUGGCAUGUUAAGUCGCCGGAGGUUCAAACGCGGCGUCCCAUCGGCGGUUUGGUUCCCGUCGACGAGCAUGUCGAUGAGUCGCGUGACCCUCGUCAAAGCGCCGGCCGGCGUUGUCGCGUCAAACGCGUCGCAAUGACAUCAUUGCGAGGCGGCGUCCGAUUAGCUCAUGAAUUCUUUGAUGUCGGACGCUGCCGCUUUGGAAGGCGAUGUCACAGAGAAAGGACGGCGCUCGUUGACUUGCCGCCGUCUUUGAGGCGCAAACGGGCUUGAGCGGGUGCAUGAUGACGACGACGGACACAACGACGACAACAAUGCGCAUGACGUCGGACCUCCGGCCCGACCUCGUCGCCUCACGUUCGGCUCGGGCGUCAGCCAAAAGCCCAAAAUGAAUCAGACCGACGACUUAAAGAUGUUCAAAGGGGUGACCCUGGGCGGGGUCCACACGGUGGAGGACGUCCUGGGCGAGGGCACCUUCGGCGUGGUGGUCAAGUGCCGCAACACCGAGACCAACGCCAUGGUGGCCAUCAAGGUUUUCAAGAACCAGCAGAACUCGGUGAACAACGCCAAGGAGGAGAUCUGCGUUCUGAAGCAGCUGUGGGGCCUGGACCCGGACGAGUGCAACAUCGUGCGCUGGGAGGGCUUCUUCUUCCACAAAGAGAACAUCUGCCUCAAUUUUGAGCUGCUGGACCAGAACCUGCGCGAGUUCAUGCAGCAUCACUGCGCGCUUUCCAUCCAGCAAGUCCGGCCCGUGGUGCACCAGUUGGCCACCGCGCUGUCCCACAUGAGCGGCAUGGGCCUGGUCCACGCCGACGUCAAACCCGAGAACAUCAUGGUGGUGGACCGGCGCCGGCGCCCGCUGCGAGUCAAACUGGCCGACUUCGGUCUGGCCAAAAACGUCUCGGACAUCGCGCCGGGAGAUUGCGUGCAGACCUUGUGGUACCGGGCGCCCGAAGUCAUCCUGGGGAUUCCCUUCAACGAGACGGUGGACGUGUGGUCCCUGGGACUGGUGGCCGUGGAGCUCGCCGCCGGCCAGCCGCUGUAUCCCGGGAGGACCGAGUACGACGUUCUCAACCUGGUCGCCAACACUCAGGGCCAGCCGGCGGAUUACGUGCUGGACCGCGGGAAGGAAGUGGCUCAGUACUUUGACGAGGAGUGCGACGGCGUCCGCAGGUGGAAGCUCAAGUCGCCCGAGCAGUUCGCCAAGGAGACGGGAUGCCAGCCCAAAGGCGGGAGAUCCCUGCCGCUCAACUCCCUGGACGACUUGAAGCUGGACGCGGCGGGACAGCGACGCGGCGAGCGGCUCUUUGUCCGGCUGGUGAAGAAGAUGCUGGACCUGGACCCCAACCUGAGGCUCGACUCCCAAAAGGUUCUGCUGCAUCCUUUUUUCCAUUGCUGCCUUUCUUGCAGCCGCCAGUCCGAGAGCUCCGUGGACAAACAGUCCGACGAGGAGACUCGGAGCCAAGAACCCUCGUCGUCAUCGUCGUCGUCGUUGCCGUCAUCCCAGACCGACUCCCUCUCUGCCGACGCUCGGCCGACCCCGCACCAUCGCGUCCCCUCGGAGGACCCCAAGAUGCAUCCCAGCAACGGUACCUGCCUGGGAAGACUGUCCAAAAGGGCCGUUUCCGCCUUGCGGAAAAUCACCAUCGUUUUUGCCAAGAUCAAACUCUGACUCUCCAAGAGAAAUCGCGUCCUAAUUUAAUCCGACUCGGACAUUCAAGCAAACGCAAUCUCGCGCUCGUUCCGGGAUCCAUCCUUCCCGAAGAGUUUUGGCCGUCUCCUUGUAUACGUCUGUGUUACGCCGCCCCCUGCUGGCCAAGGCGCAACGGGCCAGAAGGAGCA